AUGGCACCACCCCGCGAAUCCGAGGAACCCAGUCCACCGCAAUAUACCAGCCUCAGAGUAGCUGAUCGAGAAGCUGCCAUCGUCGAGGAUGUUUGGGAAGCGAUGAUCCCUCGAAGGUGGCAGGAGCUUAAGUGGUUCAACUUGGAGUUUACCUGUGCACCUGAAAUUUUUCACGAAAACAAGUCCUUCAUACAGCGGAUAUUGAGGGACCGAAAAGCUCAACAAUAUUGGAAAGCCAAGCUUUUUGUCAAAGCCAAGAACAUUCCUCGUCUAAUGCGACAAGGGUUUCAUCUUUCGGCCGCAGACUUGAUUCCAGGAUAUGGCGAGAUGCAUUUUGAUGAUCAAGGGAGGGCAGAAGAAGUAGGGUUUGACCCUUCAUGGAAACACAGACGGUGUUAUUAUUUUAUGGAUACCGCUGGCGACCCAGAGUGGAAAGCUACUCUCGAGGUGUUCGCCAAAUCUCCCUCUGUUGUUAUGAAUUUCAGACUCGAGUGGACAACACCAGACACCGUCUUCCUGGCCUAUGCAUACCGCUGGGAUGAGAGACAAGUAUAUAAAGCCUGCACAGUACGCAGAAACCACAGCUUCAAUACCCUCUUCGAUGA